GUGAUUUUGUUACAUCUGUUGCUUAUUUGAUGUAUUGCGUUCUGUUUAGUUUUUUUAAAGAAAACGACGAAACAAGUGAAAAUAUUCUGUAAGAAUUUAGAUAGAUUUCGUGUAAAAAUAAUACCCCCAACGUUUUGAAUGUAAGUAUUUAAAGAAAGGCUGUUUAGCUCAGCUGUAACCAUUGUAACAACAAAUGCACUUGGCUACUAUACCAAAUAAGUGCGCCCAAACAAGCGUCUGCAAUUUGGCAGUGUCAUCUAAACGUCAUUUGCUUGAAUUGUGUCUCCUUCUAGUGGUCAGAAACAUGUAGCGUUAUCUGAUGUUCUGAACAUAUUCAAUUACUUCUUGCUUUCAUUUAAUGUUUUCUUAUAUAUUUAAACAAACAUAUGAUGUCUACCCGAAUUUACGAUGUCCCAUCGUUACUGCAUUUUCUCCGUUAACAUACUUAAAUAACAUAAUUAAACUAUUUAUUUUGGCACCCCUCGUGAUGGUACGCUCCAACAACUGUAAAUGCGAGAAAAACUUUCUAUUUCCCUUACUACGCAUGUUACUACACUAUAUUUUUACAAUUUGUCCAGUGUGUCGACUAAACGCUGGCUGCAUUUUUACUCCAUGCUCGGAAUGCGACGAAAUGUUUUAGUUGUUUACACAGCGAUGCCACACAUAGACUGAGCACGCGAACAGUAAUGGAGAACUCCACGCGACCAGUGUUUACUUUCGGGGUAAUCGCAGACAUACAGUACGCAGACAUAGACGACGGAUUAAAUUUUUUGAAAACAAGGACACGUUAUUACAGGAACAGUCUGAAACUGCUGCGCUCAGCGAUCCAGGGUUGGAAAGAGGAACGAGUCGACCCCAGUUUUAUUCUUCAGCUAGGAGACAUUAUCGAUGGAUACAAUAAGAACCACGAAGCUUCGGAUCGUGCCCUAGAGACUGUCAUAAAUGAAUUUGAAAACAGUUUAGUUAAGGUACAUAAUGUAUGGGGCAAUCAUGAGUUUUACAACUUCAAUAGAAACACUCUUUUCGCCUCUCUUAUCAACAGCGGAGAGAAAGGCGAACCCGGAAGCGGCCUUAUUGAUGACGAGAUAUAUGCGUAUCACUUUAGCCCCGCCCCCAAGUUUCGAUUUGUAGUUCUCGAUGCGUAUGACGUAAGCAUCAUAGGCAGAGAUCCAACCAAUGAAAAGUACAACCAGGCUAUCAAAAUACUGAAAGAACACAACAACAAUGACGACCUCAACCAUCCUCCAGUGUCUGGUUGUUUAGAUCAAAGAUUUGUGAAAUUUAAUGGAGCAUUUAGCCAAGAGCAGCUUCAGUGGUUUGAUGAAGUCUUAACUCUUGCUGAUCAGAAACACGAGAGAGUGACUAUUGUUAGCCAUCUUCCUGUUCACCCAUACUCAACAGACCCAAUUUGCCUUGCUUGGAACUACGAUGCAAUGCUCUCUAUUAUUCACUCUCAUAAGAGUGUGGUUUGCUUUAUAGCGGGACAUGACCAUGAUGGAGGCUAUCACAAAGAUGAAUCUGGAAUUCACCACCUAACACUGGAAGGGGUGAUUGAAACCCAUCCAGAUAGUAAUGCCUUUGGGACUGUUUAUGUCUAUGAUGACCGGAUGGUUCUGAAGGGCAAUGGAAGGGUUGAGGACAGAGUUCUCGUGUACCCAAACUCCUUUUAAAGCUAAAUUUAUUUAAUAAGGGAAUAAAUGUAUAAUUUUAUGCAUUUUUGAUAUGCAAGAGAAACAAUAGUUGAUUUAUCUUUUUUUACUGUAUGGCAGUACAGGUAUACAAACCCUAAACAAAUUAAAACUUGUAGACUAUUUUGAAGAGGAAAGGCAGCAUCCUUAUCCUUUAAAAGUUUAAACUUACUUUCUGAAAAAUUGAUCAGCUAACAUUGUUUAUCUGUUUCAAAUUUAAAUGUAUUGUAUUUAAGGCAUUUUUGUUCUAUUAAAGUACAUUGUAAAACACAUAUAAAAACAUUUCAAAUGUGGAUAUUGAUUUGUCAACUUAAAGUUAUUUAGUUUGAAAUAAUU